AGAAAGGCUGUCAUUUAUUAUAAAAGGUUUUUUUUUUCCUGUGACCACGAUCUUCAGCCAACUUUUUAAACAUCGUUUUUCUCAGGUCGCCACACAGGUGAAAUUAACGGCUCUAAGCAGGUGGACAAAAUGUCAAGCAUCCCAUUCUAUGUCAUCUGGUCUUGUGUGCUCGGGGUCCUGGUUUACGGCCAACAAACUGGAUCCCAGUACAAACCCAACCUCCCCCCACCCCAGCCGAGCUCGAUCCCGUGCACCAAGGCGUCUGACUGCACCCGGGGCAUCUGCUGCCUGCACGGACGGUGCAGCAUCACCGGCAGCACGUUCGACAGAUGCUACACACGGGUGCCAGAGAACGGCGGGUACGAGCCGGAGUACAGCUGGAAUAAGACGGACCUCUGCCCGUGCCAGCACAACUACCUGUGUAUCAGUCUCAACGCGUCUGACGUGCACCCACAGUACGGUCCCGUGGGGUCGUGUAUGCCCAUAAUGGGGUGAAGGCGGGGUCGUGUUUGUCCAUAAUGGGGUGAAGGCGGGGUCAAAAAGUAAACAAUGGUGUCCUCGUUUGGUCUAGAUGCGGCGCUGAGUGACUAAUGGCCGUCAAACGACUUGGAUAAUGUGUUCUAGUCUGUUACUGAUUAAUUAGAAAGGUCAGCUAAAGAACAUGUUUUAAUGCAGUUGUUACGGGGCUAUAGAUCUGAUAAACAUAAAUAUCAAUGGUAAGAAACAAGAAUAAAUGAUUACAACUUUA